AUGGAUGAGAAAGGAUUUCUCAUUGGAAAAUUGGUUAAGAAGAAGAGAAUCUUCAGCAAGCUUGCCUACGAGUCAGGAAGGAUGCGCCAUGUCAUGCAAGAUGGCAAUAGAGAGUGGAUUACUGUGGUGGCAGCCAUCUGUGCAGACAAUACGGCACUUCCUCCGACACUUAUCUAUCAAGCUGGAACAAACAAUUUCAUUAACUACUGCAUCAGCAACAGGAUUCUCCUGGCUGUAUACUUCAGGACCUUUUGGGUGGCAUGGAAGAAGGCUAUAACUCCUUCUAAUAUAGCUAGUGGAUGGAGAAAGACGGGUAUUCACCCAUGGAACCCGGAGGUUGUAUUAGAUCAAUUCAAUGCCAAGAAAGAGAAGGAAGAGGAUAAAGAUGAAGAAAGGCCAUCAUCAAGCAACUCUACUGGGUCGGCUCUUACAGCUGAAGUUGCUAUACAGUCCAGCCUCCAAAAAGAAGUACAAGCUUUGACCAAAGAUGUUCACCAACUAAUAGCAACUAAUACACUUCUUCAAAGUCAAAUUCGAGGCUACCAAGAAGCAUUCAAGAUAGAGCAGAAGAACAGGAAGCGGCAGAAGAACCUCUUUCAGAUUCUGGCUGAAGAUAAUGAUGGAAAAGCGGCAGUCUAUUCACCCAAUAAGGUGCGGCAGGCUCGAGAGCUACACCAAGAGAAAGAGGAUGCUAAGGCUCGUGAUACAGCUUUAAAGGCUGAGGAGAAGGUACAGAAGCAACUUGCUAAGGAAGAGAAGGAAAGAAUAGCUGAGUUCAAUCGCUCUGCUAAAGCUGCUAAGCAGAGAGAACAGAAGGAUGCUGAGGAUCUCAAGAAGCGCAAGGCACAGGAAGCACGUGAGGCACGUGAUGCAGAGAAGCAGCUUAAAGAUGAGAGGAAGGUAAUACAGCAGAGGCAGAAGGCUCGCCAGGUUGUAUUCACUAUUCCUGAGGAGCCUACAGGCCAGCAGAAUCAUGAGGUAGAGGAGGGGGUAGCGAAAUCAACCUCUGGCCGGCCUCAGCGUAUCCGGAAUACGCCUAAGAGGUACGAUGACUCUGUGAUUAUGAUAGAAUGA